AUGCCCACCCCUGUCCUCCGCCUAGGUAUCCUAGGCGCCACUAACGCCGUCCAAGCCACCUAUCUCCCGGUGCUCCGCUCGCUCAAAACCUACUACACCCUCACAGCCAUCUACGACCCCAGCGCCGAGAUCGCAAACCAGUGCCAAUCCCGCUUCGACAUAACCCACAGCACAACAGUCGUCGAAGAUGUGCUGCACCAUAAAGAAGUGGACGUCAUCCUCAACCUCCUCCCAAUAGAGUACCAUGAGCAAUACACCGUGACAGCCCUCGAAUCCGGCAAAGACGUAAUGGUCGAAGUCCCCCUUACAAUGAGCAUCUCAAGCAUGCGCCGGAUCCGCGAAGCAAUCAAAAAAGGCAAAUCCACCCGAUCCCUCGACGACACCAACGAAACAGACGGCCCAAAAGUAUUCGUCGGAUGCGCGCGUCGCUACGCCCCCUGCUUCACAGAUGUCUUCAAGAAAGAGCUCGCCGCCCUAGGCCGCGUGUACUACGCGCGCUGUCGAUACAUCGCCGGCCCAAUGAACAACAUCGUCGCGCCGGCCUCGAUGGACAUCGCGCCGCCAAUAAAAAGCUACAAUAACCCCGAGCAGUUCCGCGCGCUGCUGGAAGACGUGUACGGGUCGAAAGACGACCUCACACCGGACAGAGCCGCUUUCUGUCGCUACCUCAGUAUGCUGGGUUGUCAUGAUCUGUCGGUGAUGCGCGAGUCGUUGGGCUUCCCGAAUGCUGUUUCUAACGUUGUUAUCACGAACCCGUUCUACUCUGCCAUUUUUCACUAUACGAAUUCCGCUGAGAAUGAUGGUCUCCCGUUCACGCUUCUCUAUGAGGCUGGUGUUGAUGCUGUGCCUCGCUGUGAUGCUCAUUUGACUGUCUACGGCGCGCAUAAGACGCUCAGUGUGGAAUAUGACUUCCCGCGUCCUGGUGAGAUGAUCAGUACUGGGACCUAUGUGCGGGUUGUUGUUGAGGAAGCGGAUGAGACGGUGGAGAUGGAUCAUGUCAAUGGAAAUCAGAUUAAUGAGAAUGAGAAUGCUGUUCCUCGGCCUCGUGUAAAACGGACGGAGACUGUUAGUACCUGUGACGAGGCUUAUGAGCGUGAAUUCGUGGCUCUGCAUUCUUAUCUGGUUGGUGAGGGGUCGGCGGCGAAGACAACUGCUGAUGAUGACGCUGUCAUGGAUCUGCGGCUGCUGCUUAUGAUCAUUGACCACUACAACCGCCGGUGUGGUACCAUUCGGACUCCGUUGGGUUGA